CCACGAACUCAAUAUAUCGUAGUCUCCUCAUACGACCAACAAAUACAACGAUCAUGAAUAGUGAAAAAACUUUAGAUGCCAUACCAAUCGAUCUCUUUCACGAGAUCUUCUCGAGACUGCCUUCAAAGUCAGUCGGGAGGUGUCGUUGCGUUUCAAAGCAAUGGGCGUCCAUACUUGGCCAUCAAGAUUUCACGAGGCUGUUCCUGACCAGGUCCUCGACUCGUCCACGUAUCUUAUUCGCCCACGAACAAUACAACGGUGAAUGGCUCUUCUACUCGUCACCUCACCCUCCGAAUACAUAUGAGAAGUCUAUUGUAGUAUCCGUCGAUUUUCAUACCAAGUGCCAUAUAGGCGGAAUUUAUUGUCGUUGUAGCUAUGCGUCUGGUUUGGUCUAUAUUUCAGAUGUGCGGGUCUCAAAAAAUAAGGAUGAGCCUGUGAUAUGUAACCCACUCACGGGACAGUAUGUGAUCUUACCUAAACUCAGAGCAAACAGCCAGGCGAGUAGCUUUUUUGGGUUUGAUCCAGUUGACAAGCAAUACAAGGUAUUACUCAUGAACGGUAUGGUUAAUAAUAAAACGGCUUACCAUAUUCUGACAUUAGGAACUGGAAUAAUGAGGUGGAGGGAGAUCCAAUGUCCUUUUACUCAUCAGCCUUUCGCUAAGGGGAUUUGCAUCAAUGGGGUUUUGUAUUAUUUAGCUGAGCCAACUGAUAAUAGUUCUACUGUGAUAGUUUGCUUUGAUGUUAGGUCUGAGAAAUUUAAGUUUAUUAAAUCAGAAUACUUUGAUCAGUUGAUAAACUAUAAGGGUAAAUUAGGUGGGACUAAAUUGGAGUAUGAAACUGGUAGUCGAUGGGGUACCCGUGACAAUUAUAGUGGAUGGCGUACUCGUGAGUUACCCGUGACAAUCAAUGGGGUUUUGUAUUAUUGCUUAGCUCGUCCAAUUGGUGAAAGUUCUGAUGUUAUUGUUUGCUUUGAUGUUAGGUCUGAGAAAUUUAAGUAUACUAGAGCACCAUCCUUUGAUCAGUUGAUAAACUAUAAAGGUAAAUUAGGUGGGAUUAUAAUGAAGUAUGAAUAUGAUAAUAAUUAUUAUAAAUGGCGUACCCGUGAGUUAUGUAUGUGUGUUCUAGAAGAUAUCGAAAAACAAGAAUGGUCAAUAUGUGUAUUCCCUUUUCCGGAUGAUCGAUUCUGCAAUCAUUUUUCCGUUGUUGGGGUGACGCCUACAGGUGAAAUUGUUUUGUGGGAGACGUUUUCUAAGUCUUAUGUUAUCUACUUUAGUCCCGUGAGGAACACAUUCCAAUAUUUUAAUUUUCAAGGCCGUGCAGCUAAUUGUGGUAAGGUUCACGCCUUUGUAGACCAUAUAGAGGAUGUUAGUGUUAACGAUGUAAAGCAACUCAAGUCAAGCAUCUAA